AUGGAGUUUAACUUCGAUCCUCAAGACACCACUUUCCCGCUCCUAAACCUCGACGAUCUUGACUUGCUAGAGCUCGGCUAUGACACGCCGUCGCCCUCCUCGUCUGAUUGCUCGCAUUUGGACUCUCCGUCCACCUCGCCUGUGAAUUCCCCAACAUCGUCCCUGUCACCAGCUCCUAGCAGCGAAUGCAGCUCUCCCAGCUCCAGCCCUAAGGCUUCUCGACAUCGUACACGCUGCCGUACACCUCAAUGCCUUAAGAAAGAGCACGCUUCGAUACUGAGAAGGAAUGAGAGGGAGAGGAACAGAGUUAAACUGGUCAGCGAUGGUUUUGCUGCCUUGCGCAAGCACAUUCCAACCACACCAGCCAACAAGAAGCUGUCCAAGGUGGAAACGCUGCGAACAGCCAUCGAGUACAUUAAACACCUCCAGCGAGUGUUAAAUGAAAGUAACAGACUUGAAAGGGAAACGCGUCUACUGCGUCAAGUAGGAUGGCUUCAGGGAACUUACGACUUACAGGUAACUACAACGUUUGUGAUACUUUAUUUACACCUUUGAAAUUUGCUAAGUUCGAAAGAAUGUAAGAAGUUACGUGAAGACGAGAAAAAUGAAAGGCUUGCUAACGCCGCUGGUUUUAGGAGCGCACGAUCAGUGUUUUCUUGCGUUGGGGUUCAUUUGCAAAAUGAUCACUGGCGCACACCGCAGUCUUUAUCUUGGUGACAGGCCAUCAAAACCUGUUAAUUUGCUUCUUGAAAAAGUAAUCAAAUUUACACUCGUGUCUCGAACCAAGCUCAAGUUACUCCUCUAACUACGGAAUCAAGCCGAAUUAACUCCCAAGCUACAUUCACACGCCACGCGCUUCGCUCCGGAGCUACAGAAUUAAGUGGAUUUCAUGACCUUGGGGUAAAACGUGAACUCGAAACGAUAGAUACUUUGCCAUUUUUAUUGAAGCCAAUUUCAGGCACACGUGCCCCGCUUUAAAACAAAUACGACAUUCAGAGCUUGAUUUCUAUUAGUGGGCAACUCGCGCGCUCUCAUUCGGCGCGCAAGCUCCAAAAUGAUUACCUUUCACUUAACGCUUUAUUUAAGACAAACCAAGCGGAACAGCAAAUUAUGAAUGAUAAUAAAGUCGCAAAUGAAGGCUUUUUGUGGCCAUGGAAUUGAAAAUAGUACUGUGUUUUAUGUUGGUGACCUGCCGCGCGCACUAAUUGACUACAGCUCUUUUAUUGCCUUUCCUGCAGGCCCUUUCAAGAGGAAAUGUGGCGACUGCUCAGCAGCUUAGCACCUAUCUCAUGAGUUUACCAGAGAUAGCGCCCUACCCGAGCCCGGUACCUUUUGUUAACAACUCCGUGAGUUUGUCGAACAUUUACGGGCACGUGAACUAACUCAGAUUUACUCUGAUCCAAUCAUAACGUUCAUUACAAUGGAAUGAGACAGUGUAAGCUAAAGAUUUUGGCAUUAUAUACGAUACCUAGUGGUUUAGUUUAGUCAAAGGUUUUUAGGAUAGUUAAGACGCCAAGAAAUCCAAGUCUAUUUUUUUGUAAAAAAAAGUAUUAUAAGCUUGGCUUUAUAUGUACAUAGAAUUAGCUCAAUCAUGUUAAGUAGGACAGCAUUGUUUGUCGACAAAUUGAUUCUUUUCCUAAGUGAAAAUAGCAAGCAGGGUUAUUUGUACCCUGCCGGGUAGUUGUAUUUUACCCCUCAAUUGGAGGUCAAUAACGUAAGCAAUUUCUAGCUGUUUUAAAACAGUUCUGAAUAAUUUUGUAGCGG